AAAUUUUUCUUUCUUUUUUUCUUUGUAAAAUCUUCCCCACAAAUCCAACGGUCCAAAACACACUUCAACCUACCCUCUCUUAAUCCAAACCGUUACGAUUCUAAGUUUUUACCACAUUUUUUAUGUGCCCCCUUCGGCCUUCCUUUGUCCUUUAAUUGAUCCCCAUUGUUUAGUUGAUGAAUCUUAUGUCCCAUUUUCAGGUUUCUUUUAAACUACUUUUUCUCUUCUCCUUCAACCUCCCGUUACUGCAUUUAAUCAUCUUUGUUAAUGGAAGAAAUGAUGGUGCCGCCAUGGCUUGAAUCAUUGUUAUCCGCUACAUUCUUCACCAUCUGCCCAAGACAUAGAGACACACCAAGAAACGAAUGUAAUAUGUAUUGCCUUGAUUGCAUGAAUGAUGCAUUUUGCUUCUAUUGCCGUUCCUCAAGACACAAAGAUCAUCUUGUAAUUCAGGUCAGACGGUCAUCAUACCAUGAUGUUGUGAGAGUUGCUGAAAUUCAAAAGGUUUUGGAUAUAAGUGGAGUGCAAACAUAUGUGAUAAACAGUGCAAGAGUUCUUUUCCUAAAUGAGAGGCCGCAACCAAAGAGUAGUAGUAGCAGUAGCAGCAAAGGGAUCUCUCAUUUGUGUGAAAUUUGUAGCAGAACUCUUUUGGAUCCCUUUCGUUUCUGUUCUUUGGGAUGUAAGCUUGUUGGAAUAAGGAAAAAGGGGGACACGAGCUUUGUUUUAAGCAACAAGAACAAUAAGGAAGAAGUAACGAUACAAACAAGAGAAGGAAUUACGGCGAGAAGAUUGCCAUCAAAAGAAGAAGAAGAAUUGCGUGAAGGAAACCCACAAGAAAUGUAUAGAACAGGCACGCCUAUUACAGCUCAUUCUAAUUCAAGGAGAAGAAAAGGCAUCCCUCAUAGGGCACCUUUCGGGUCCUAAUAAACUUGCUUUUUAGGGCUUUUAAGGCUUUCUUUCCAUACAAUUAUAUAUAUAUAUAUAUAUAUAUAUAUAUAUUAUCCAGCUCAUUCCUUCACAAGGUACCACGAGGGCGGUCCAUGCCCUAAACCAAAAGGACCCGAUUAAGUCGGUAUAUAUUAUUUAUUUUUAUAUUGACUUUUUUAUCACUUUAAUUAAAUUUAAUUUGUCAAAAUAUGUCAUGUGAUUUAAUUUGUAUAA